AUGGACGUGGCGUCGCUGCUCCCGUUCGCCAUCGCGCUGGUGGCGAUCCCGAUCUCGCUGGCGCUGCUGGACCGGCUGCGGCUGGGCCGGCUGCCGCCGGGCCCGCGCCCGUGGCCGGUGCUGGGCAACCUGCGGCAGAUCAAGCCGGUGCGGUGCCGCUGCUUCCAGGAGUGGGCGGAGCGGUACGGGCCCAUCAUCUCCGUCUGGUUCGGCUCCUCGCUCACCGUCGUCGUCUCCACCUCCGAGCUGGCCAAGGAGGUGCUCAAGGAGCACGACCAGCAGCUCGCCGACCGGCCCCGGAACCGCUCCACCCAGCGCUUCAGCCGCAACGGCCAGGACCUCAUCUGGGCCGACUACGGCCCGCACUACAUCAAGGUGCGCAAGCUCUGCAACCUCGAGCUCUUCACCCAGAAGCGCCUCGAGGCGCUGCGCCCCAUCCGCGAGGACGAGGUCACCGCCAUGGUCGAGUCCGUCCACCGCGCCGCCGCCGGCCCCGGUAAUGAAGGAAAGCCAUUGGUAGUGAGGAAUCACCUUGCUAUGGUGUCCUUCAACAAUAUAACAAGGCUAGCUUUUGGGAAGCGGUUCAUGAAUGCAAAUGGUGACAUUGAUGAAGAAGGGCAGGAAUUCAAGAUUAUUGUGAACAACGGAAUCAAAAUUGGUGCAUCUCUCUCUGUUGCUGAAUACAUUUGGUACUUGAGAUGGCUGUGUCCACUUAAUGAGGAGCUUUACAAGACCCACAAUGAGAGGAGAGAUCGUCUGACCAAGAAGAUCAUUGAAGAGCAUGCACAGGCCCUCCAGGAGAGAGGUGCCAAACAGCACUUUGUGGACGCACUGUUUACUCUCAGAGAGAAGUAUGACCUUAGUGAUGACACAGUUUUCGGACUUCUAUGGGACAUGAUCACCGCCGGAAUGGACACGACAGUCAUAUCAGUCGAGUGGGCCAUGGCAGAGCUGGUCAGGAACCCCAGGGUGCAGAAGAAGCUGCAGGAGGAGCUGGACAGCGUGGUCGGCCGCGACCGUGUCAUGUCCGAGACCGACUUCCAGAACCUGCCCUACCUGAUGGCCGUCGUGAAGGAGUCCCUCCGCCUGCACCCGCCGACGCCGCUCAUGCUGCCCCACAAGGCCAGCGCGAGCGUCAAGGUCGGCGGCUACAGCAUCCCCAAGGGCGCCAACGUGAUGGUGAACGUGUGGGCGGUGGCCCGGGACCCCAAGGUGUGGAGCAGCCCGUUGGAGUUCCGGCCGGAGCGGUUCCUGGAGGAGAGCAUCGACAUCAAGGGCAGCGACUUCAGGGUGCUGCCCUUCGGCGCGGGCCGGAGGGUGUGCCCCGGCGCGCAGCUCGGGAUCAACCUCGUCGCCUCCAUGAUCGGGCACAUGCUGCACCACUUCGAGUGGUCUCUGCCGGAGGGCGCCAGGCCGGAGGACAUCAGCAUGAUGGAGUCCCCCGGGCUCGUCACCUUCAUGGGCACGCCGCUGCAGGCCGUCGCCACGCCACGCCUGGAGAAUGAGGAGCUGUACAAGAGGGUCCCGGUCGAGAUCUGA